AUGGAAGAUCUUCUUAUACCCAUUGUUGUCCUCAUCUUCCUCUACCAUCUAUGGAGAGGAACAAGGUCCUUGAUCACCCACCACAAACCCCAAGCCCCUCAACCAUUUGGUGCCUUACCCAUAAUUGGCCACCUCCAUCUACUAAGGGGUCAAGUUCCCUUAGCCCGAACACUCGGCGCCAUCGCCGACAAGUAUGGCCCGGCGGUGACACUUCGUCUCGGCGUUCAUAAAGCCCUCCUCAUCAGUGGACGUGAGUUAAUCAAAGAGUGUUUCACCACUCAAGACAAGGUCUUAGCUACAAGACCAGCAGUGGCUGCUGGGAAGUACCUGGGCUACAACUAUGCCGUCUUUGGGUUUGCUCCCCAAGGACCUUACUGGCGUGAGAUUAAGAAGAUAAGCUCUCUUGAGCUUCUCUCCAAAACAAGGCUUGACAUGCUGAAGCACGUAAGAACCAAAGAAGUAGACACAUGCAUCAAAGAGUUGUAUUCUCAUUGGUUCAAGAAUAACAAAGGUGCAGGUCCAGUGAUUGUUGAGAUGAAUAAAUGGUUUCGUAGCCUUACUUUUAAUAUCAUCACUAAGCUUAUUUCUGGGAAACGCUAUUUCGGUACUGUUGAUGCUGCUGGAGCUGAUGAUGAGGGUAGAAGAUUCGAGAGAGGUCUAGAAGAACUGGCACGGUUAACCGUGAUCUUUGUUGUAUCAGAUGCACUGCCAUAUCUAGAAUGGAUGGACUUGCAGGGACACCUGAGAGCCAUGAAAUGUGUUGCUAAGGAAAUGGAUUGUUUAAUUGGGAAUUGGUUGGAAGAUCACAAGAAGAAGAAAGUAGCAGGAGGUGAUCAUGAACAGGACUUCAUCGACGUGAUGCUGUCAACAUUUCCAGUGGACAAGUUGAUAUAUGGUUAUGAUCGUGAUACUGUCAUCAAGGCAACAGUACUGGUUGGUUCAAGUGAUUCAGAGAUGGAAUAUUUGGUGGCAGUGAGGUUAAGGCAUGGUGGUGGAGGUUUAAGUGAGCCAGUGCGGGAUCCUGUGGUCAUUGGAUGA